UUAUCAAGCACGAAAUGAUCUUACGUCUUCAGUUUCUUCCCUUUCUGUCUUAUACGAGUCCGAUCCGCUGGACGGCGUCCCGACUCCGAUGGAAGCUACUUCCAGUUCGCCGUCACCGACUCGUUCCCGCGGCGGACAUAGACACAGUGGCUCCGGAAGUGGGGACGAACGGCCAAGAUUUUUCGACACAAAAGCGAAAGCCAUUUGUUGGGAUAAGGCGGAUGUUGUCCCUGGCCGACAUCCCGAGCGUUGGCGUAAGGACGCCGCUGGUAAUGUCGUCUGUAAGCGCUUCUGCAACUGCCAGGGCUGCCUCUGCUUUGAGUACGAUCACAUUGUCCCUUACUCCAAAGGCGGGGAAUCCACGGCAGAUAAUUGCCAGAUUCUUCAGACGAGAGUAAACAGAUUCAAAUCGAACAGAAACGACGUUGAUACGUCUGAGUUGAAAGGCUAUUCAUGUGAUAUCAAGUUUACUGAUAAGGAGCUUGACAUAAUUGAAAUGGCUGUUUAUGGAGAUGUAAUCCGGCCAGGGAACCAAUGUCGUUGCAGAACAGUUUCUGAAAUGCUUGGCCAAUAUAAAGCCAAAGACCGUUUGGCCCCCUGCAAAUUGCCAUAUAAUGAAGAUUCUUUGUAACAACAGAUAAGACUUAAAACUAAAGCAUGUUUGCCCCAUUUGGUAUAGAUCUAUAAUUUAAUACGCUUAAUGUAAGAUUAUAUCGAUUAGAAUUGUGGACCUCCAUUACUUGAUUAGAUCAAUAUGAGUCAACUUCGACCAAUAUUUCUUUA